CCAUGUCAUUUGCCCUUAUCCUUAUCCAGCAGUAGCAAUCCCUGUGAAGUAUCAUGGGCACCGACGAGAAGCAAGUGGUUGUGAUAACGGGGUGUUCCAUCGGAGGUAUAGGCCACGCACUCGCCCUCGAGUUCGCCGCCCGGGACUUCCUCGUGGUAGCGACUGCCCGUUCGCUUUCCUCCGUCUCCGACCUACAGAGAGACCCAAGGUUCUUCCUUCAAGAGCUCGACGUGUCCUCCGACAAGAGCGUCCGCCAUGCUCUCUCCACUGUUCUGAAGAAGUUCGAGCGCAUCGAUGUCGUGGUGAACAACGCUGGAGUCCCGUGCGUGGGGCCCCUCGCUGAAGUGCCACUGUCCGCCAUUGAACAGACCUUCAAUACCAAUGUUUAUGGUGCAUUAAGGUUGAUUCAAGCUGUAGUACCUCACAUGGCAUCGAGGAAGAAGGGCAAAAUCGUUAAUGUUGGAAGCGUCACGGCUUUGGCCCCUUUGCCAUGGGCAGGUGGUUAUACUGCAUCCAAAGCUGCUCUACAUGCAGUUACUGAUACUCUCAGUAAAUAUUUGUGCAGACUGGAACUACGACCCUUUGGGAUUGAUGUGAUCAAUGUUGUACCUGGUGCUGUGAAGUCCAACAUAGGAAACUCUUCCAUAGCAACAUACAAUAGGCUGCCAGAAUCGAAGUUGUACAAGAAGUUUGAAGAAGCAAUUCGAGCAAGAGCAAUGCUUUCCCAGAACAUUAAAUCAACGCUUGCAGAAGAGUUUGCAAAGAAGACGGUCGACGCAGUGCUGAAGCAGAAUCCACCUGCUUGGCUUUCCUUAGGCCAUCUGUCCGGAGCAAUGGCAAUCUUGCACCAUAUGCCCCUUUCCAUCAGAGAUUUCCUCGUCAGGAAGAAAUUCAACUGUUGAUAUAUCUUGCUAUGUCCCGCAAUAACUUGGCUAGUUUCCUCUUAUAACCCCGUGAUAUAUGAUGCAGAUCCGUAGAAUUUGAAUUUUCAAUUUUCAGAUUAUAUUAUAUUUUUUAUUUUAUUUAAUAUGUAAAAAUUAUGUUAUGUAUUCUAUAUCAAGAAAAAUGAGACGUAGUGUGCAUCUAUAGUAUAUAUAAU